AUGUCUCUGUCUGCUACUCAACUAAAAGCUCUCGAAGAUUCUUUGCUGAACACUUCCGGAAAAGUUCUCCUUCACGAUAGAUUUAGAUCGCUAUUCACGCUCAAGUCACUCAAGAACGAAGAUUCAAUAAGAAUUAUAUCAAAAGGUUUCCAGGAUUCUUCUGCGUUGCUCAAGCAUGAACUCGCAUACUGCUUAGGCCAGAUCAGAAAUCCUUUGGCCCUCCCUGUGCUGGAAUCUGUCUUGCGCAAUCCAUCAGAGGAUCCAAUGGUCAGACAUGAGGCAGCUGAAGCCAUGGGAGCCAUAUCUACCGCUGAUUCUAUACCUAUCCUCAAGCAAUAUCUCUCAGAUCCUGAUAGAUCUGUCCGCGAAACUUGCGAAAUCGCGAUUGCGAAAAUUGAGUGGGAUAAAACCGAAGAAGGCGCGAAGAACGACAAGGCUACGAGAGAUGAAAAUCGUCUACCGUUGUACACAUCCAUUGAUCCUGCCCCCGCAACUUCAGGACUAUUAACCGGGGCACCUAGACCUGAGGAGAUUUCUCAAACGAAGAUAGAUGAACUGCGAGAUAACCUUCUUGAUGUUAAUAGGCCUCUCUUUGAACGUUAUCGCGCUAUGUUUGCACUACGAAAUAUUGGCUCUCCAGCUGCAGUCGACGCGCUCGCUGCUGGAUUCUCAGACGAUAGUGCUUUAUUCAAACACGAGAUAGCUUUCGUUUUCGGCCAGCUUCUUUCCCCACACUCAGUGCCAUGUCUCAUUGAAGUACUUCAAAAUAGCACAGAGUCUGACAUGGUGCGACAUGAAGCAGCGGAAGCCCUCGGAGGAAUUGCUACUCCAGAAGUCCUGCCACACCUCAAAGAAUGGGUAGCUAGAGAUGAUGCCCCUGUUGUUGUUCGCGAGAGUUGUCAGGUGGCAUUGGAUAUGUGGGAGUACGAAAAUUCAGGAGAUUUCCAAUAUGCGAACGGUUUGGAAAGCACGUCGACGCCGAUUUCCGUUCUUUAA